AUGUCUCUGCCCACUUCCGCAGCAGAAUUGAAGGCACAGGGUGUUGUCGAAGCUGCGCAGGAUCCAAACAGCUCAGUCACCGCAGAUGAUGCCCAGCAGAAGAUUGUCACCGAGAGCAAGAAAGCUGGAGUUGCGGCAUUUACCUUCAACCCAGACGCCAGUCCUGAGGAGAAGGCCGCUCAAGCUCGAGCUAAUGUGCCAGCAAACUUCCACCAUGAACACACAUCCAAGGGAGUCGCAAUUCCUACAGAUAUAGAUGAUGGGAAGCCUGGUGCAUAUGACCUCCCUCCACCUUCAACCGCUGGAGCUAUUGCAGCCACACCUGCCAAAGACAAGGAUGGAAAGCCUCUCACGAACGGUGCAAACGGACUCAUAGAGAAAGAAGAUGUCGAACAAUGGAUUGAACGAACAGGCUGGGCGCCAAGGUUUGGCAACGGGUCCUCGGGUUCAUCGAUGAAAGACGAAAGCCUCUCAGACCACCAAACUUGGCUUGAAGGAAAGCUCGAGGACAAAUUCUUUGGUGAUUGGUAUCAUAAUACUGCGGUCAUCAUAUUUGCCUGCCUUUCUUCGUGGCUCGUCGCAGUUUUGGGAGGGGGCCUCGCUUGGGUCUUUCUGGUCAUGGCCAUUUGUGGCACGUAUUAUCGAACAUCCCUCCGCCGAGUACGUCGAAACUUCAGAGAUGAUAUCAAUCGUGAACUCUCGAAACAGAAGCUGGAAACCGAUACAGAAAGCUUGGAAUGGAUCAACAGCUUUUUGGACAAGUUCUGGCCUAUUUUCCAACCUGUUCUAGCCGAGACCAUCAUCAACUCAGUAGACCAGGUACUGAGCACCUCGACCCCAGCCUUCCUAGACAGUCUCCGCAUGAAGACUUUCACUCUUGGAAAUAAGCCUCCUCGGAUGGAGCACGUCAGAACCUAUCCGAAGGCGGAAGACGAUAUUGUCCUUAUGGACUGGAAGUUCAGUUUUACGCCAAAUGAUCACUCCGACAUGACUAAGCGCCAAAUUAAGAAUGCGGUCAAUCCAAAGAUUGUGCUUGAAAUCAGAAUUGGGAAGGCCAUGAUCAGCAAAGGCAUGGAUGUCAUUGUAGAGGACAUGGCGUUUUCUGGGCUCAUGCGUGUGAAGAUAAAGCUUCAGCUGCCCUUCCCUCACGUGGACAGAAUCGAGAUCUGUUUCUUGGAGAAACCUACCAUCGACUAUGUUUGUAAACCCCUCGGCGGUGAGACUCUUGGUUUCGACAUCAACUUCAUCCCUGGUUUGGAAACGUUCAUUCUGGAACAAAUUCACGCCAAUAUCGGACCCAUCAUGUACGAUCCGAACGUGUUCCCCAUUGAGGUAGCUAAAAUGCUUUCCGGAUCGCCCGUCGACCAAGCGAUUGGUGUUCUCGCCGUCACUAUGUAUGGAGCCCAAGGCCUCAAGAACCCGGACAAGUUUUCAGGAAAUCCUGAUCCAUAUGCUGUAGUAUCAUUCAAUAACGGGGCUCCUCUUGCUCAAACGAAAAUCGUUAAGGAGAAUGCCAAUCCGAAAUGGAACGAGACGAAAUAUGCUAUCGUCACAUCUUUCAAUGAUUCCCUUACGCUUCAUGUAUUUGAUUACAACGAAUAUCGCAAGGACAAGGAGCUUGGGACUGCCACCUUCCCCCUAGAAAGAGUACGCGAGAUCCACGAAUAUGAGAAUGAACAGCUUGAGGUCAAGCUCAACGGCAAGGCACGCGGCUUAUUGGCAGCUGACGUUCGUUUCUUCCCCGUUCUAGAGGGACGAGAUCUCGGAGAGGGGAAGAAGGCCCCUCCACCAGAAUCCAACACCGGUAUCGCACGCUUCACAAUUGAGCAAGCCAAGGAGUUGGAUGGCUCUAAAAGUUUGAUUGGGCAGCUCAACCCAUAUGCUGUUCUUCUUCUUAAUAACAAGGAGGUUCAUGUCACUAAGAAACUCAAGCGGACCAACAAUCCUAUCUGGGACAAUGGCUCAAAGGAACUUCUCAUCACUGAUCGCAAGACCGCGAAACUUGGGCUGGUCAUCAAAGAUGAUAGAGAUCUUACUGCAGAUCCUAUGCUUGGAACCUACCAAAUCAAGCUCGAUGACAUGCUGCAGUUGAUGGAGAAGGGCCAGGAGUGGUAUCACCUUGCUGGUGUUAGGCAAGGACGAGCGAAAUUGACCUUGCAAUGGAAGCCGGUGGCCCUAACGGGGGUAGGAGCGGGCACUGGUGGUUAUGUCACACCUAUCGGGGUGAUGAGAUUCCACUUCAAGAACGCCCGUGAUCUUCGCAAUCUGGAGACUCUUGGCAAGUCUGAUCCCUACGUCCGCGUCCUUCUCUCCGGUAUUGAGAAAGGCAAAACUGUCACAUUCCAAAACAAUCUCAAUCCAGAUUGGGAUGAGGUUGUUUAUGUGCCGGUACAUAACGCUCGAGAGAGGUUGACUCUCGAAGUCAUGGAUGAGGAAACACUCAACGCUGACCGGUCGCUGGGUUCGGUGGAGGUUGCAGCAUCCGACUACAUUUCGCAGGCUGAGAAUGGCGAAUACGUCGUCCAUGAUUCAAAGACGCCACAUGCUGGCAAAUUGCAACUCCACGGCAAAGGAUCGCCGAGGGGAACUCUUAACUUCACCGCGGCAUUUUAUCCAUGCCUGAACAUCGCGGACCCGGAAGAAGAGGAAGAAGCAGCGCGGAAGAAAUCUGCAGAACGUGGCCGUAUAUCGAUUGAUGGCUCCGAGAAAGAUUCUUCUGCUCCAGCCAGCCCAAAGUUCGAGAAUGGGAAGGCUGAUGCUGUAUCAGCAGCGAACGCAAAGCUGGAGAAGGGAAAGAUUGAUCCUGAUCUGGCAAAGAAACUUGCGGAGGGCGAGAAGGAACAAGAAGAGACGACCGAAGUGAAGAAGUUGCCUAAGAUUCGGUUGACCCCUGAGGAGCUAGUGAAGUACGAAUCUGGACUUAUUAUAUUCAAGCUUCUGGACGUUGAGCUUCCGCGGCCCAACGUUCGCGUGGAGGUUGUCAUGGAUGAUAUGGCUUUCCCAUCUUACUCCUCGUCGACUAUUCGGACCAGAAAAACUGUUCUCGACGAUAUUGGCGAUUGCUUUGUCCGCGAGCUCGAUUUCUCGAAGAUCACCCUUCGCAUCCGCGAAAAGGGUGACAGCAAGGGAGACGAAAAGAAAGACCAUACCCUUGCUAGGCUAAGUGGAAACACACUGGACACCCUGAAGCAGUGUCUUAAUAACCCUACGACCCUUAAACUUAAAGACGAGAAUGGACACGUCUCUAGCAUCAAAGUUAGCUUGAAAUAUCUCCCAGUCAAGAUGAAGUUGGAUCCUAGUGAAAGUAUCAACAAUAUGGGUAAACUCCGCGUGGAUGUCCUCGACGCUACAGAUCUCCCAUCAGCCGACAGGAAUGGAUACAGUGACCCAUAUUGCAAGUUCGAGCUUAAUGGCAAAGAAGUCUUCAAGACUAAGGUACAGAAGAAGACUCUCCAUCCGGCUUGGAAUGAAUGGUUUGAGGUAGACAUUGCUUCGAGGACGGCAGCCAAGUUUGUUUGCAAUGUCUACGACUGGGAUUUUGGUGAAAAGGCGGACUUCUUAGGUUCGUCAGACGUCAAUCUGGACUUGGUCGACCCCUUCAAAGGCAAAGAGCUCAACCUUGCUCUCGAUGGAAAGUCGGGAUCAAUCAGGUUGCGAUUGCUUUUCAAGCCGGACUACGUCACUCGCUCUCGCCAAGGCUCUUCAACCUUCUCGGGGACAUUUGCAACACCAGGCAAGAUUGUUACGGGUGUUGCGGGCGCUCCUAUCAAAGGUGUUGGGUUUGCGGCUGCUGGCGUUGGCAAGGGCGCCUCGUUCAUUAAACACGGAUUCAAGAGUAAGAAGAAGUACGAUGACAGCAAUGAUGACUCUACAGGAGCAUUAGAAAUGGAAGCAGAAGACAACGAGUUCCUCCGCUCUUCCGACCAGGGACUGGGCCCGAGACGCGCGGCUGCCCUUGGAACAGGUGCUGAGAACAACUCGGCGCCGAUCACGCCUCCGGAUUCUGCUGCAAGCAGCACCCCUCACAGCCGCACGAAGAGCUUCGGAGCUGCCUCGGUCAAUAGCACGAUCCAUGGCGGAGCAUCAGGUCCCCCCACUGGCACAGCAAGUUUCACUAUUCUCUCUGCCGUAGGCUACCCUCCAUCCUCAAACGUAAUGGUCUACGUCAAGCAGAUCGGUCCCAAAGCCAAGACUAUUCAUAAGACCGAGCACAUCAAAUCCAGCUCCGGUACCGUAACAUUCAACGAUAAGAAAGAGAGCUUCAAGUGCUCCUGCUCGGCAGACACGCAGUUCCAGAUCCAAGUCAAAGGCCACAAUACCUUCGGCAGCGAUGGUGACCUUGGAGAAGGACUCUUCUUCGUCGAUGAAUCAGGUACCGGCUUGGAGAAGAGCGUCAAGGCGGGAAGCGGCCAUGUGGUGCUGAAGAGCAACUUCGUGCUGACGUCUACGGAGAACGGGCUUGGUGAUAAUAGUCCGAAAAGCAACGUUUUCCGGAAAAGUUUGUUGAGCAAGGGAAAUGGACGGAGUUCGAGGGAUGUAACGCCGACGCCGCAAUAA